AUGUCCGCCUCGGUGGGGCCCCAGGGUGGCCCUCGCCCACCCACCGUGCCGCCAACCAUGCCGGAUCUGCCGGACCUGAGCCAUCUCACCGAGGAGGAGAGGAAGAUCAUCAUGGCAGUGAUGGCUCGGCAAAAGGAGGAGGAGGAUAAAGAACAAGCCAUGCUAAAAACACUGCACCAGCAGUUUGAGAGCUAUAAACAGGAGGUGCGUCGCAUUGGGGCGGAGACGCGGCGUCAGCAGACCACGCUGAAAGAUGACGCUCCCACCUGCGGUAUCUGCCGCAAGACCAAGUUUGCCGACGGCUGCGGACACCUCUGCUCCUACUGCCAGACCAAAUUCUGCGCUCGCUGUGGAGGGCGGGUCUCUCUGCGCUCCAACAACGAGGACAAAGUGUGUCUCAUAGUGAAGGACAGGGUAAUGUGGGUAUGCAACCUGUGCCGUAAACAGCAAGAGAUUCUCACCAAAUCAGGAGAAUGGUUUUCGGGGUCAGGGGUGCGGCCUGGGAGCCUGGGCACCUCCUUGAACAACCCAGCCACUGGAGGUGAGGCCCAACGGGACAGGAAGCUGCUCCGCUCCAGGUCCCAAGCCCCGCCCUCCGACACCAACGCAGGGCCGCCUGACGGGACACAGCCGGCCGCUGGUGUCACUGCUGCCAAAGGUGCUGACACCAUGCCGGGCUCCCGCUCCCAAAGUGAGCCACCUAGAGAAAAGAAAAGGCCAGUUUCCCUCCAUGAACAAAAUGGUAAGGGCGGCAUGGGGCGUGGUAGUGGCCGAAGACCUGCUGGGAAGUUGUCGUCUCAGUCCUCCCUGGAUGAGCGAGUGGUUCCUGGGGACAGAGGAGAGAGACGUUUGGGAGAUGGACGGAGGCUGGAAAAGAUCCAUUCUCAGGACUACGAGGACGGGGAGGGGAACAUGGGUCGUCCAGAAACACACCGGAGACGCCCAGAGGAAGAGGAGCAGAGGGAGCGGCAGCGGCGCGAGGAGGAGUUCCAGAACCGUUACCGUAGUGAUCCCAACCUGGCACGAUACCCGGUGAAACCACAGAAGGAGGAGCAGGAGAUGCGCAUGCAUGCUAAGGUGUCCAAGGUCCGACAUGAACGACGGCACAGUGAUCUGGCGAUCAACGAGGUCGGGCUGGGGCCUGGUGAAGGAGGAGGUGGAGGGGAGGUGCCUGAAAACCGUCUGGCCAGGAGGGGUGGAGGUGGGGAGGGAGACCACAAGGCCCUCUUGGAGAACCACCGAGCCUUCUCUGUGGAUAGGACCGUGGGGGUUGGAGGGGGAGCUCAACCUGGAGGAGGUGGAGUGAGAUCAGGACCCCAACCUGGGGGACCGGUGCCUCCAGAUUGGGGACCGAACAAAGGCUGCCUGGAGCCCUGUACAACACGGACACCAAGGGACAAGGGUGGGGACAGCCUGCUGAGGAAGGACUCUCAGAGCUCGGACCAGUCGGAGUCUUUGCGGCCGCCCCCUCCACGGUCAUACAAGAGCAAGCGCGGAGUCAACAAGAGGCAGAUGUCCAUCAGCAGCUCAGAGGAGGAAGGCGGCUCCACGCCCGAGUACACCAGCUGUGAGGACGUGGACAUGGAAAGCGUCAGCGAGAAAGGUGACUGGGACUGUCAUUCUCUAGAUCCUACAGUGUGGCAUCAUCCAGUCACAUGGCAGCCGUCCAAAGAGGGGGACCACUUAAUCGGACGCAUCACGCUAAGUAAGAGGUCGGCAAUGCCCCGCGAGGCUGGCUCCCUCCUCGGCCUAAAAGUGGUAGGAGGUAAGAUGACAGAGACGGGGAGACUCGGGGCCUUCAUCACCAAAGUCAAGAAAGGCAGCCUUGCAGAUGUUGUGGGACACCUACGAGCAGGUGAUGAGGUGCUGCAGUGGAAUGGAAAGUCGUUGCCGGGAGCAACUAAGAAAGAAGUGUACAACAUUAUCCUUGAAUCCAAGGCUGAACCUCAAGUGGAAAUAGUUGUUUCAAGACCUAUAGGAGACAUCCCAAGAAUCCCAGAGUCCUCUCACCCUCCUCUAGAAUCUACAGGCUCCAGUUCCUUUGAGUCCCAAAAGAUGGACCGACCCUCUAUUUCAGUGAUGUCUCCUACCAGCCCAGGGACCCUCCGAGACCUUCCUCUGGUACUGCCUGGACAGCUCUCUGUGAAGCUGUGGUACGACAAAGUGGGCCAUCAGUUGAUCGUCAACGUCCUUCAAGCCAUAGACCUGCCACCCCGACCAGACGGACGACCUCGUAACCCCUAUGUCAAGAUGUACUUCCUGCCUGAUAGGAGUGAUAAGAGCAAACGGCGGACGAAAACAGUGAAGAAGAGCGCUGAACCCAAGUGGAACCAGACCUUCCUUUAUUCCCACGUCCACCGGCGGGACUUCAGAGAACGCAUGCUGGAGAUCACAGUCUGGGACCAGCCCAGAGUCCAGGAGGAGGAGAGCGAAUUCCUGGGAGAGAUCCUGAUAGAGUUGGAGACGGCCCUGCUGGACGACGUUCCUCAUUGGUAUAAACUCCAAACGCACGACAUGUCCUCUAUACCUCUGCCCCAGCCCUCCCCGUACCUCCCACGCAGACAUGUCCAUGGAGACAGCCCCAGCAAGAAACUACAAAGGUCUCAUCGCAUCAUUGAUACAGAGUUUGAUGAUGGUUUGAUGGUAGUGACUAAAGGUGCAGAGCGUAACUCCAGGGAGAGAGAGCGGGGCAGUACGUUGGCUGUGCCUGAGCAGCAGCGAGCCGUCCAGCACCGCUCCCGGUCAGUGUCUCCCCACAGAGAGGACUCCUGCAGGGCUCGGUCACGGCCUGCACACGUGCCAAUGCAAAGGAGUCUGGAUGAGAUCCACCAGAACCGCCACCAUUCCCACUCCCCCUCCCGCUACCACGAAUCCCACUUAGAGCACCAACGCUCCGGUGACUCGGACUACGAGUACUCUGAGGACAGUGAGGUCCUGGAGAUGCACAGGUCUAUCCGUGGUGGGAGUGCCGAGUGCCUGCACACAAACAGCUCCACCCUCCCCGCAUGCCUAAAAAGAAAGACGCCCCUCAGGCAGGAAGGGGGCUGCACCAUGCCUCGUAGCAUCCUUACUCACCGUGUGCUCAGGUUCACUGAUGAGGUCACGGUUAGCGACCUGCAGCCGCCGUUGGACAGAGUGAGGAGUGCCAGCACCACUUGUCUGAGACCAGACACCAACUUUCACUCCCCUGACAGAGACAGGUGCUCCAACUCUUUGCCCCGCAAGACUCCCCCAAGCCCCAGGAUCUUAGUAGAACAUGUGGGCCCUGAGGAAGACAGGCAGUGUAGCAAUUCAUCAAGUCCAAACUGUCACAGGGGCAGCAAAAGAAGCCUGGAGGGGGACAGUCGUAUCCAGCCCACCUCUAUCCUGAGGGGCAGUAGGGGGAGAGGGGGCCUGCUGAGGCCGUUUGGCCAGACAGCCUUGGCCGGGUCCUGUCCAAACUCACCACGGCUAGACAGAGCACACCCUCAUGGCAGCCCCUCUUCUCCAGCGGGGACACCCUCAUCAGGUCGCAGGGGCAGGCAGCUGCCUCAGCUCCCUGCAAAAAGCAGCAGUAUAGAGCAAGCCCUCGCAGUAGAGGAGCGAGCCCGACAGGUGCAGAUGAAAGUACAUUCCUACCGGCCUUCAGCCUCCCACGACCCUGAGACGGACCUCAAGACCAAACGGGAGAUGUACGCAGAACAGAGGCGCAGCAGCGACAACAUGUCGGCCAGAUCGUCAGACAGCGAUAUGAGCGAUGCGUCGGCCCUCUCCCGUGCCAGCAGUGCCUCUCGUCUCAGUAGCACCAGCUACAUGUCCAUCCAAUCAGAACGACCCGGAGGACGAAUCAGUCGGCAGAUGCGAUCGUCGGUGGGCCGCAGCAUGCUGAAGAGCUCCAGCGUGAGCGGAGAGAUCUACACCCAGGAGCGCACCGACGGCAGCCAAUCAGACACGGCGCUGGGCACGGUGGGUGGGGGCAGCAAGAAGAGACGCUCCAGCCUCAGCGCGCGGGUGGUGGCCAUCGUUGGCAACCGUCGCAGUCGCAGCACUUCACAGAUCAGCGGCCCUGAGGGGAAGAGUAAGAAGGAGAAGGGCGCCCCUAUCCAAAGGAGCACAGAGACCGGCAUGGCAGUAGAGCUGACCAGGAACAUGAGCCGCCAGCCCAGCAGAGAGUCCAACAACGGCAGCAUGAACAGCUGCAACUCUGAGGGGAAUUUGAUCUUCUCUGGAGUCAAUGUGGGGGCCAGCAGUCAGUUCAGUGAUUUCCUGGAUGGCCUGGGACCGGCUCAGUUAGUGGGAAGACAAACACUGGCUACUCCUGCUAUAGGUGACAUCCAGAUUGGUAUGAUGGACAAAAAGGGUCAGCUGGAGGUCGAAGUUAUCAGGGCUCGAGGACUCGUACAAAAGCCGGGAUCCAAAUCCCUCCCUGCUCCAUAUGUCAAGGUCUAUCUGCUAAAUAAUGGAGCGUACGUAGCCAAAAAGAAAACCAAGAUUGCGCGGAAAACACUUGACCCACUGUACCAGCAAGCACUGCUAUUCGAGGAAAGCCCACAGGGUAAAGUCCUACAGGUGAUUGUAUGGGGCGACUACGGCCGCAUGGACCAUAAAAGCUUCAUGGGAGUUGCACAAAUCCUAUUGGAGGAGCUGGACUUAUCAAGCACAGUCAUUGGCUGGUACAAGUUGUUCCCCCCGUCAUCCUUGGUGGAUCCGACACUUGCCUCUCUUACGCGACGGGCUUCCCAGUCGUCACUCGACAGCUCAUCUGGACCUCCUGGAGUCCGAUCCUAG